AUGAUUAAUAAUCUAGGAAUACGAAAAUUUGAGGAUGAUAACUUUAUUAUCGGAACAGGGCUUAAAUACGAUAGGAUGCGCCAUGAUGCCAGGCAGCUUCAACGAAGCAAGUUCAAGGAAACUCGAAGUAAAGCUAAUUUUGCGCGGUUUCGUAACGCUGCCUUGAAAUGCGCAGUAGAAGAAACAGGAAAAAUUAUUGAUCAAGAAAAAACUAUCCGAAUGAGAGAGAUUGAACGAGAACGGGGAAAAGUGAUUGCAGUACAGGAAAAGUGCGGUAAUUAUUUGCUCACAGCUAAACUACAAACUCCAAUCGCUUCCGAAAAUAAACACAGAGGAAAACAGAAAAGAAAAACAAAAAAUAAAAGCAUUCCUACAAAACAAGACUCUUGUACAGCGGGUGUUCACAGUCUCAGCCCAUCAAGCGCAUGCGCGGAGUCUUGGGUGCAGAGGAACCAAUCCGCUGACCUUUCCCAGCUCAACGAUAUCAUGACGACCUUAGACCCUGAGGAAGGGAACAGCUCAAGAGGUCAUGYGACAACUUCUGCACAAUCAAACAAGGGUCUAUUGGAUGUAGACCAGUUCACUUCUCAUUCACGAACCACGCUACCAGGGAAAAGGAAUUCUUUGCCGCUGUUUUCAGGCACCAGUUCUGUUUUAUCAUCAACGAAAGAUGAAGAAAAGAAGAGCGCUUGUCUUUUGGACGUAAAUGCCAAUGACAUAUCUGUKGGGGUCCCAUCUGGUUUGURCAGGUCUUCUUCCUCAAAGACUGUAAGGAUACAUUCAGUUGAUACGAAUAUCAAAAGAAGGAACACUAUCAGUACUGUGCGCCAUCUUUACGAAAAGAGGAGAGAAAAAAUCUUCGAAAACGAAAAGAAAAAGGAAUUCCAAGUAUGGCAGAAUUUCGACGAACUCUUGAAGUGGUUUGCCGAGUUYAUGCAAAUUGACUACAAACCACGAUUGUCGAGCUUUAUACGAAUAUUAAUCGUUGUAAUAAUGGUACAACCGCCGACAGCACGUACUUCAUCUUACCCAGAACGAACUGUACAGAUCCAAGACAAUYCUUGGAAACUAAGGGYCAAAUCUGUACCAAUUAAUGCCCAUAGCAAACAAUCACCGACAAGAGCGUGUGAUAAACGAUCGGCAGGUACUCAGUCGAUGAAAUCUUGUAGCUCUGCAUUAGACUUGGGGYCAAUCAGUGUUCAAAAUCGUGAAAGGUUACUAGACGCUUUUCUGCCUGAUAUUCGUCGAAUUCACUCACGAAUGGGUUACGAAUACCGAGUUCGUCCGUUCAAUCUGAACCACGAGAAACUCAAGAGUGUACAGAUUCGUGCCAAGACGGUCUGGGACUAUCGCCAUCUUCGGGAACAUUCUGAUGAAWCUCUUGGUCAUGGAGGAAAGGCUGCCACUAGUAUAACACCAAGACCGGCAUGGAUUGCCAAGGAACUGCCUGUAAAUUCAAUGAAUGAUAAGUUAUUUCCUGAAGAAGGACCUUCUAUGUAUGCGUAUGUUAAAAGACAACUAUGGGACUACGAAGAUAAGCGCUAUAUGCAGAGAGCUACUCCUAAAAGGUCCCAUAAUAAGUAGAACAUUAAAGUACAUAUAUUUAUACAACAUGGAAAAGGGGGUCACGGAAUCAUAACGUUGAAAAUACGAAGUGUCUAGAUACCCGCGGCACCUGGGAACCAAUUUUAAAAUACUAGAUUCCCUGGAGUUUUUGAUUUUUGAAAAAAAUCGUCAAAUAAACACACCUUUGCCCAUU